AUGCAGAAACCAGCCUACGGCGGCCUCAGCGGGGCUCUCCCUCUGUCCACCACCGUCCCAGCCACCGAGCCUCCUUCCUGCGGCUGCCGGGCGGUGCCGGGGAAGGACGGCCCGCUUGGGCCCCGUGGCCGCCCGUGGCGCCGUGCGGAGCUCGGUGCGCGGCGGCGGCGGCCCGUGUGCCCCCGGCCGCGGGGGAGGAGCGGCGGCCGGGGCGCGGGGCGGGGCGGGCACUACCGCUCCCGCAGCACAGCUCCCGCACGGCACGUUCCGCACUACGGGUUCCGCACUACAGGUCCCGGCGCUCCCCUCGGCGGGGCGGGCUCGGCGCGGCGGAAGCGGCGGCGGGCGCGGAGCGACGGGGGACCCGGCGCGGCCACUGGCAGAGGUGGCACCAUGCAGCAGGAGGCGGAGGGCAGCCGGGCGCGCCGCAGGAAGCCCGACAUGGCCCUCUACGUGCCCAAAGCGCGCCGGGAGCGAGAGGCGCUGGCGGCAGGUGACACACGGGCUGGGCACUGCCAGGAGCCUGGGAACCACUGUCAGGGACCUGGAAACCACCGUCAGGAGCCUGGAAACCACCGCCGGGAGCCCGGGAACCACCGCCGGGAACCUGGAAACCACCGUCAGGGACCUGGAAACCACCGUCAGGAGCCUAGGAACCAUCAUCGGGACUCUGGGAACCAUCACCGGGAGCCCGGGAACCAUUACCUGGUGCAGGACUCCGGCUGGGCCAGUGGGGAGGGGCAGAGGCCAAGCCCCCGUGCCAAAACACAGGCAAGCAGAGCGGCAAGGAGGGAGAACAAGGUGGAUGUCAACCCAAAGGAGCUGCGGACAGCCUCUGCCAGGCACAGCCAUAGGACGAGAGGCAGCUGCCCUAUUGCACUGGAAAGCCUGGAGGCAUCACCCAGCAUGUGUGAGCCAUGCUCAGAUCCAGCUGUUGCUCAGCCUGGGGACAGGCAGGACAAAGCAUCUCAUGAAGAAUCCAGAGAGCUCAGCCACGGCCACAGGAUGAUAAGGAGUGAGCCUGACCCUCCAUCCCCACUGAGUGCCCAGACUGGGGCUGUGGAGGCUACCCCUGAGCCUGGGGAUGACCCCACUGGCCCAACACCUGCUGAUAGCCCUACACUGGUUUGUCAGACAGGCCUGAGUGGCGUGUUGGAGCACUUGGGGGACAGCACCCUAGAUCCAGAUUUGGACCUCUCCCAAAGCCUGGGAGAGGCUGUCCUGCAGUCAGCAGGGGUGGGCAGCCAAGGCAGGGUGCCCCAGCUGGUGGAGGAGACAGUGGAUCCAAAAGCCGAGGAGGAGGAGAGAUCUCUCCUGGCAGAGCAGAGCAAGAGUUGUGCCACUGGGGUACCGGAGGAAGAGGAGACGUGGGGAGGCAGGGCCGUGCUUCCUGGGGAGAGCACCUUGUCUGCACCAGGAGCCAGCUGUGAACCUGUGUUCCUAAGGGGUCGCAUGGGUGAUGUUCCCGUACCCCCAGCGGGGAGCAUUCCACAGCAGGGCAUGGGCAGCCCAUCCCAGCUCCUGCCUGUUGUGGAGGAGAGCACUGCUGGUGCUGGGGAUCCCAGUGGGGAGGGUGGCCUGGUGCCUGCUGUAGAGGAGGCAGUUAGCACUUCUGCCUGCACAGAUAGCAGUGCUGAGGCUGAGAGCAGCCCGUGGGAGGGAGCACCUCUGGAAAGCUGUGAGCCCCCACCACCCCUAGAGCUGCUGUGCCAUGGCAUGGAGGGGAUCUCGCCUGCGUCCUGGGCCGAGGAGCUGGCAGGGCCAGAUAAGGAUGUGGGCUCACUGCAGAAACACCAGGAGGCUGAGAAAGAAGAGGAAAGUCUCCACAGCAGCUCCCCAAAAGAAGGACAGACCAGUGCCAUUGCUGAAACCCUGAGCCAGAGUGCUGAGGAGAGCUGGGAUGUGCUGUUCAACGAUGAUGGGGACUGCCUGGACCCACGCCUGCUGGAGGAGCUCUUAGGGGGUGAGAAGCACCAGGAGAGCCGGCAGUCACCCCGCUUCAACUACUAUGGGGCCGAAGCUGCUGCGCCAGACAUCAGCGAUGAUGAGCUGCCCCACGUCAUCGAGAUCUACGAUUUCCCCUCAGAUUUCCGCACCGAGGAUCUGAUGCGUGUCUUCUGCAGCUAUCAGAAAAAAGGCUUUGAUAUUAAGUGGGUGGAUGAUACGCACGCCCUGGGCAUCUUCUCCAGCCCCAUAGCAGCACGAGAUGCCCUCAGCACCAAGCACCUGAUGGUGAAGACGCGCCCACUGUCCCAGGGCACUCGCGCCUCUAAAGCCAAAGCCAGGGCAUAUGCUGAGUACUUGCAGCCAGCCAAGGAACGCCCUGAAACAUCAGCUGUCCUGGCCAGGCGGCUGGUGAUUGGUGCCCUGGGGGUACGGAGCAAGCAGACACCAGCCCAGAGAGAUGCUGAGCGAAAGAAGCUGCAAGAAGCUCAAGAAAGGAAGCGCCUGGAGAACAAGCAGCGGGAGGAUGCCUGGGAGGGCCGGGACUGAGCCAGGAGGCUGCACUUUCAGCCCAUGUCCCUCUCUGCAGGCAGGCAGAGCACUCUGUGUCUCCGAGCUGGGACAGGUUCUGCACUGUGUCUGAAAGCACUGUGCUGCUCCACCGAAAGGGCUGAGCAGCACGCGGGCUGGUUGGUGCUGUGGGAAUGCUGUUGCUGUCAGGCAGCACUGCCCGCCCUGCCCAGGGCAGAACCCCCAAGGCUGCCAGCCACAGCAGGAGCAACAGCAGGAUGCAGGGAGCUCAGCAGAGAGCAUGGGGGACUGUGUGGGCCGGCCCUGGCCACCUUGCGGGGCCUCGUGAGUGAGAGUUUCUGUCCUUUAUUUUGCUAAUAAAUG